AUGACAGAGUCUCCCCCUUCUAUUCUCAACGACUUCAGUUUCUACAAGGAAAUCGCCUUCUUCCCCACUGUGGGUCAAGGCACUGUCCACAGUCUCACCCACAUCCCCUCCCAAUCUUCCAUUGAUCGCGGGGAAGAAAGGUGCUGUCGCAAACACGAUAUCCUUGUUGCCUCCCUACUUCCUGGUGGCGAGACCUCCUCCUCUGCACGCUGCUGCAAUCUCUACUCCUUUGAGUCGGGUGGCAAAUGUCUCACAACAUCCACCAAAUCCUUCGAUUUCAUGUACCUUCCUGUUGCUGACAUAGUGUGCAUAAAGGCCUUCUAUGACGAGCAGUCGAGGAAGUAUGUGGUGUCGAUGGGGCUGGUGAAGGAGGAGGGCUCGUGCUUCUUCAACAUUUACGCAGCACAACGACUGAAUGAUCUGCCUGAACAGUGCAUUUGUUUGUCGGAGUUGGUGCACUUUCCCGUUCAACUUCAUGUCACCAACAACGAGGGCACUGCAAUGGGCGUUUCUGUUGUCAACGUCGGGGUCGUUGCCGCCGCCGCUGGAUUUGAAUGA